UCUCCCUUUGAUGUAAGUCAGGGCAGUCUCCUGCAAACAUCAAUGCUCAGACAAGACUCUGCAUUUAGACCCGGUCCGACCCUCGACCUUUAACAUAUCAUCGCUAUGAUGCAGGGAAGGAAUGACGGAAGAAGGGAGGGGGAACAGGGGAAAAGAGAAAAAAGUUAGGCUUAAACAAAGUGUACUUCUUGCAAGGGGAAAGAAGUGCAAGGAAUGUGUGCACAUCCACAAAACUUCAGUGGGAUCUGUGCUUGACUACAAAAAGAUCAUGAAAUUAUAAGGAACACAAUUUACCUGAAGAUCUGAAGUGGGUUAAAAACUUGCAGUAAGUGUGAUUUCAUUGUGGAGGGGCUCUGUGCUUCGCGAGUUUCAAAUGAUCAUGCAGCGUCAGCUUAAACUGUUGAAAAAAUGGACAAAUGUUGUGUUUUUGCAUGUUAAUUAGCUUGAAGUUCUUCGGUUCAAGCAGGCUGAACUGAAAGUAAUUCCAGUAUCUGAUAUUUUAACGCUUCAUCAGGAAUCACGAUAAAGUUAUCAGUGCUUUUCAAUAAAUAUUAAUAUCUUUAUGAAUUUUGUCUUGUGAACAAGCCAGUGUGAGAAAAUAAUGUAGCAGUUGGCCACCACUGGGAUAAAUCAGAUCCCCUAACAAAAUCCACAGAGCUUCCCCUUUUAUGGGUUGAUGAAAAGAAAAGAAAAGAUAUUAAAAGACAAAGGAAAGAAAAAACCUUGCGAUAGAAGCAGUUUAAAACGCUUGCAAUAGUCUUGCAUGUGGUCCAUACAUCCAUGCAUAUAGAUUUGUUUUUAAGUCUAACAAUUGUUUCCAAGGUCAUUGUGUUUUUAAGUGAAACAUCUUAGGGCCUUACUAUACUCCCACCGCCAAGAGGCCAACACACACAUGCAGGAUGGCGUGUCACCUGAGUCCAGAGGUCCGGUUUCAGUUUUCCAUGGUGACAUCCAUUAAAGUCAUGCUGUCUCUGCCCUCCACCCUCAGACAGCCACAUUAGCACCUGGCCCAUUGACCACAACAAUACACCUUACUGCAUUAUUCAGCCCAACUCCACUAAUGAGGAAACCUUAUCUGACACACACACACUAACACACACACACACACACACACACAACACACACCAAUGUAGAAUUGAAUGACUUUAUUUGAGUCCUGUGACGUCACUGCCUGAGUUUGUGGGAAAGAAUUUGGUGGCAUGUUCAAGUGUGAGUACAUUACUCUGGUAAACAUAGUUACAGAUGUGCAGCUCAGUUUUUUGAGGUCAUUCAGCGCUCGCUGCCUCUUCCUGUACACAGCUGUCAGCAUCCUCCUUCAUCCUGCUGCUUACCCACAUCUUCCACAUUCCCUCAACCUUACAGUUUCAUCCCCAAGUCAGACUGCGUUAACCUCAAUUUUUCCUCCACUCCCUCCAACGCUUCAUCCAGUCUUCUAAGCCGUCAGUCUCCAUCAAACCUCUGUGUCUGCUUUUCUUUUUGUUCUUUUCACAGUUGUCUGGACUGACAACUAUACAGUGUGGACUCUGUCAGCAUUUUUCUAAGUACACCACUGAUCUUUGUGGGGGGAAAAAACCCCUGACGGACAGGUAGAAAGAGAGACCAGAGGGGAUUACCAGGCCCAAUUUAGGGGGAGGAUGUUGGGAGGGCAGAUAUUAAUGCACCCAAGUCAUAUUUCAGAUGCCGACAAUGUGAAGUUCGAGACAAGGAGAGACACAGGAGGGGGCGGGGGGAGCAGAGAAAGGGUGACAGACAAUAGGGGAGAGCAGAGUCGACAGCAGCAUUAUCACUCUGCCUCCUGAAUCAAACACCCUGAGAAAAUGCUCAGCACCGUCUGCUCCCAUUGGCCGAGCCUCCAGCCAAUCACGGCUCAGGGAUGCAAGGUGCCUUUAAGUUAUACCCAAGCCCAAAAUAUGAGAGAGAGAGAGAGAGAGUCUGCUGUGGUGCAGAGAUUCCUUCAGUGAGGCAAGCCUCGAUCUCAGCUGUAUUCUCUGGUGUUCCUCCUGUUGUUGUGAAUAUAUAACAGUGGAUAAAUCACAGGCUUCCUUGCAGUGGAUUGGGCGCAUGUUGUAUUGCAGUCACGGCUGCUGCUGUACCACUACUCUUCUCCAGCUGGCUGAACAAGAGCCGUGUGUCGAGCCCUGAAGGAGAAGCAGAAUCUCAUGUAGAUGAGGGGAGCGGAGCAGGGGAAGACAGCACCGCGUGAAAGGGAUGCAAAGUGGAGGUGGUGAUGUUGGAUGUCUUUUCCACAUCUGCGUUGAGUUUUGAGAGGCAGAAAGGUUGGCGCUUAAGGUUUGAGUCACCUCAGUAGCCGACCAAGGAAGAGAAGAGCCAAGCAGGAAGAUAACGGUGGGAGAAGUUGACGGUGGAAGGAUACAGGAUGAUCUUGGGAAGUGUAAACCGACCGGGGCCGGUCCCUGCCUUCCUCAGGAGCCCGCCUGUCAUCCCAACCCCGCUGGACAUGAAGCCCUUCCUCCAGUUCCCCCUGGAGUCACCUCACCCGGCCAGCAUCGGCCUCUUCCACAACUUUAACACAAUGGACCCGGUCCAGAAGGCUGUGAUGACGCACACCUUUGGGCCACCUAUGGUGAAGACAAAACGACCAGUCAUCUCCUGCAACGUAUGCCAAAUACGCUUCAACUCAGAGAGCCAGGCGGAGGCCCACUAUAAGGGGAACCGCCACGCUCGAAGGGUGAAGGGGAUCGAGACGUCUAAAACACCUCGUCUCCAAGAUGGGGACAAACAGCACCCUCCCCCCACCGCUUCCCCCUCCCCACCAGGUCCCUCACCAUCCAGCCCCGAGCCUGAUCCUAAUAAGCAGGAUGUCACCCAAUCCUGUUUCAUCUCUAACGAGUCACCUUUGACCCCUAGCCACCUCCCAACACCCACACUGAACUCAACAGACACAGAGAUUCCCCUUUUGCCUUCUGUCAGCUCGCCUUUGCCACCCUCCCCCUCCCCCACCACGCCCCUCAGUGCCCCCCCUGCGGACCCAGCAGUGGCGGGUCUUCCUGACACCCUGUCCCCGGCGCCCAGCCCUCCUGCAGGACAGUCAGAGGAAGAGAAAGCCAAGAAGCUUCUCUACUGCUCCCUGUGCAAAGUAGCUGUUAAUUCCCUCUCACAACUUGAUGCACAUAACAAAGGUACCAAGCACAAAACCAUUCUGGAGGCUCGGAGUGGACUGGGACCUAUUAAAGCAUACCCACGCUUGGGUCCCAAACCCAGCCCAGAGCAGGGAGGGGAGGUGUCCUCAGACCCCAACACUCAGGAACGCACCUUCCACUGUGAGAUCUGCAAUGUUAGAGUCAACUCUGAGCUGCAGCUGAAACAGCAUAUAUCUAGCCGGAGGCAUCGUGAUGGGGUUGCAGGGAAACCCAAUCCUCUUCUCAGCCGGCACAAGAAGCGCACAGACUUUAUGCAGUUCUUCGUGCAUGGAGUAGGCUACAGCUGCAGUCCUGGAUUGAAUUCUAACACAUCUAUGGAUCUUCCAAAAACUCUGGGGGCUGGACUUAUACCAAAUCCCCUGGCUGUUGCUGCAGCGAUGGCAGCCGCAGCAUCCUCGAAUCAGCUGACACUGCGUCCUCCUGGCCCGACCUCCCACCAUCACCCUCAUCACCACCUCCUACAGGGAACGCCCCUCAGCCUGCUGAGGCCUGCCCCAGGGCCCAUCCGCACCACACACGGGCCAAUCCUCUUCACCCCAUACUGAUGGCAAGAGAAUGAGGACAAAUCAGGAAGAAGCACACUGUGAAGUGGAGGACUGCAACCACGUGCCAUUAAGAGCCCAUUGCAAACCAGCAAUUUGAACAUAAUUUUGAUUCUUCGUAGCACAUAUUGUAGUUGCAGACCACUUGUAACAUGUUAACAGAGAGAGAUAACUGACUGAUCUCAAAUAUUUCAAAGAUCCUCCCCAGUCUCCCUCCAUUGUUUAUCUAUCCGAUAUCAUCAGACUGACUCCGCAAGCAUGAUAUUCUUUGAGCAUCCUCCACUCAGCAACGGAUUAAAUAUCUUCAUCUUCCAUAUGAUCCGAUGAAAUCUGACUCAAAACCCUACCUCUCUUAUGUUUGUAACGUUCAUCUCUGCAAGAAUUCAUUAAAUAUCCAAAGCAUUAAUGUUAUCAAAAACAUGUGCUGGGUUCGAUAUAGUCGUUGCCUCUGAUGUUAGUUGGUAUCAUACUGUAGUUGUUGCAGUAUAGUGGGUCGUAUCACUGUACAGUUCUGUUUUUGUGGCCUUUGAAGAGAAAAAGUUACCAACAAUUUCUGUAUUGUUUCUGCUUCUACUGGCAAACAUUCUAUGUGCACAGUCGAACGGCAGGCCUAUAUUUACCUCUGUGGGAAAGAAGCAGGAAGUCAAAGAGGAACAGCCAAAGUAUAAAGACUGCAUGACGUCUUUAAACUGUGCUGCUGUACACAUCAAUGUGGAGCUGUCAUGAGGAAGUGUUUAUUCUUGCGGACUGUGUAAAUUGCAGGAAGGCUGGAGGAGCUAAGAACAGAACAAGAGACAAAAACCCAUGCUGAGUUAGUGCUUUUUAGUGAAAGUCAAGAUGUAACUAACUCUCCCAUAAUACACAAGACAAAGUAUGUGGUGAGAUGUCCACAUGUAAAUGGCUUAAAUACAUUUAAAAUGAUGACCUAUCUUUUUUUUACCCCAUCUGCACUUCACUGCGCAAAACAACAGUUUCAUUGUCUUAAUGGAAUAGUCUCUAACACUGUGAGAACAGCAGGGCAAUAGUUGAUUUAUGACUUUAGUAACAGGUAUUUGCAUUUUGUGCACAUUUGAUUACACAGACCACAUUUACCACAAAUAUCACAUGCAAAAAGUGUGGAAACUGUGCAAUGAAAGACACCAGCAUUAUGAUACAGAAGGAACAGAAAAGGACCAUAUACAGAGAGGAGUAUGUGUAUGCGGAAAAAAAAAAAAAUACAACAACAACAAAACACUGUUUAUAAUAGUAAUAUAGGUCUGUAGUGGGAUUAAUUAUUAUUGUUUGUCUGCCCUGCCUUGUGUACUCCAACCCUCCAUGAUCCUAACUAUACCACUGAAGGCUGUCAUAAAGGCUCGUGACACACUAGAGGGAAACAUUAUGAAAUGGAAACUGUAGCAAUACUUUAAGCACUCCUGCUAACUUUUCUUGUCAACUGCAAUAAGAAGAAAUGUCGACAGAUGUAUUAGUUGUUAUUUACGAGAAGUGUAUUGAAACAUUACUGUGACUGUAGAUUAAACCAUGAGAAAAGGUAUAUGUUGGGGCUUCCUAAUUGUUCAGUUAAAAGAAAAUUCUACAUGAAAUCAUUAAACUGAGUUUAUGGUUGUAA